AUGAACACCACAAACUUUAAUGUAAUUGGUGAUACAUCGCCUCAAGAUCAAUUAUUUCAAAAUUUACAGUCUCUAUUACGACAACAGCAACAACAGCAACAACAACCAUUAUCGACAUUAGACUCAUCAUUAGGUUUUCAACAACAGCAACACUCUCCAAUAAAUAACCAAUCAUCCCCGAUAAGUAAUCAGCUUCCACCAUCACAACCCCAACCUCACCAAACAUUACAACAAACACCACAACCACAACCACAAACAUUACAAACAUUACAACAAACACCGUUACAGGCCUAUUAUCUCUCGAUUAUUCAACAACUUAUACCUUUUCUUAAUCAAGAACAAUACAAUCAAGUAACAGGUAAUAUUAAGCAUUUUUUAACUUUAACACAACAACAACAGCAACAAACAGUUUUAGAACUAUCGGGAGUCCUCCAAUCUAAAAAACAACAACUAUUACAAUCAUCUAUAAACCAAACACCACUACAACCUCAACAAAUACAAAAUAUUCAAACACCUCUCCCUCAAAAUGUACCAUCCAUUCAAUCACCACAGAAUUUAUCAUCGCCUCAGUAUUACCAACAACCAAUACAACCAAUUCAAUCACCGAUUCAGAUACAACAACAACAACUCCAAAAUCAAAUAUAUAACCAAACCCAAUCCACACCAAUAAUAGUAACCCAAAUGUAUAAUAAUAGUAAUAAUAUUAAUAUGAAUAAUGAAAUUGAUACAAAUAGUGAUAUUUUAGACUUUGGCAAUAUAGAUAGUUCAGAUAAUAAAAUAUCAAAUGGUUUAGAAAAUACCGAAAACCAUAGUAUAUUAUCAUCAUCCUCUUCAUUUGCAGAGAUUAACAAUAACCAAAGUCCUUUUAUUACCACUCCCUUAACUAAUAGUAAUAGUAGUAUAAAUAAUGAUUUUAAUAGUAUCUCUGCAAACAAUAAUAUAAAUAGUAAUAAUAGUAAUAUAACUAAUAAUAUAAAUAAUUUAAAUAACCCAAAUAAUAAUAAUAAUAAUAAUAAUAAUAAUAAUAAUAAUAAUAAUAAUAAUAAUAAUAAUAAUAAUAAUAAUAAUAAUAAUAAUAAUAAUAAUAAUAAUAAUAAUAAUAAUAAUUUUAUUAUCAAUUAUAAUAAUGAAAAUACAAAUAGACUAUUAAGUUUUAUUACAGAUAUAUCACAAUAUAUUGAACUACCAUUAGCAAAUAUUUUACCAACAUAUUAUUUCAAAUAUUUUAUAGAUAUGAUUGUCGAUAAAUGGUAUGAAAGUUUAAAUGCAACAAAUCCUACAACGACCAAAGAGCAACUAUUCGAAGUCAGUAAAAAGAUUUUAUUCGAUUACCCAAACUUUUUUAGUAAUAUAAUAACCAGCAGAUUUAUAAACGAACUCAACGAUCUAAAUUCAAAAUUAACUGAACUUUAUAAGGAAAGUGAUAAAUUAGCAACCAAUCAAUCAUCAAAAGAGAGAUUUAUACAAAUACAAACCAACUAUUUAAUUAGAUUUGAUCAACUUCAAGAAUUUAGAUAUCCAAAUUUAACAACCUCUAUUAUUAAAACCUUAACACCAGUACCAAAUUUGUAUCCAAUUACCAAUAUUAAUAAUAAUAGUAAUAAAAAUAAUAAUAUCAAUAAUACCGAAUCAAUUAAAAUUAUUGAAAAAAAAGAUUCGAAGGUUGAAAAAAAUGAAAAUAGUCUUGCAAAGAAAGUAAACCCAGAUACCAAAAAAAAUAAUAAAAAAGUUAGCACUACCAAUAUCGGUAAAAAUCAAAAUAAAACUAGCAAAAAGGUUGUAGGGUUAAUAGAAAAAGACAGUGACAGUAGUGAUAGCGAUAGUAGCGAUAGUGAUAGCAGUGAUAGCAGUGAUAGCAGUGACAGUAGUGACAGUAGCGAUAUAAGUAGUAGCAGUGACAGCGACAGCGAGGACGAAAAAAAGAAAAAGAAAUCAAAAGAAAUAAUAAAAGAUCCAAAGAAAUCAAAAAAACUAACAUCACCAAUAAAAUCAACAUCUAAAACAACCUCUGCAAAACCUACCCCACCAACAUCAAAAAAUUCAAAAACUAGCGCAGCAACACCAUUAUCACCAACCAAUACAACAACAAGCAGUGCAAUUAAAAAAUCAAUACCCCAAAAUAACAAUAAUAAUAAAACAUCAUCAAUAAAUACAAAUAAUUUAAAUAAUUUAAAUAAUAAUUUAAAGAAAAAUAAUGUAACGUUAAAUUCAUCCCAAAUUAACCCAAAAAAUUUAAAUUUGUUGGAAAAUAAAAAAAAAGAAAAAAAUAUUUUUACAAAUUUAAAUUUAUCACCAACAGAAAAAGAGUUACCAACACUCCAAGACUAUUUAUUUAAAAACAAAAUUAAAGUGGGCUCAUCGACAUCCACAUCAGCAAAUACACCAUCCUCAUCACUAUCAACUGCAUCAUCAGCCACCAACCUAUUAACAAACAACAAUAGUAAUAAUAAUUUAACAGCAACAACAAAUAAUAUGAGUGAAACCUCUGUUAAAAAAAAGAUUAUCUCAUGGAAAGACGAAAAGAAUGGACUAAGUGUAGUAGAUAGAGUUCCCUUAUUUAUUCAAGAGUUUUCACAAGCUGCAGCCUGGCCCAAAAUUAGAGAGUUUUUAAUGGUUAUCGAAACAAAAAUGAGCAAUGCAUGUAAAAAAAGAAGACGUGGGUUAUCAAAUAUUCAUACAGUAUUAAAAUAUGCACAAGAAACAAUUACAAUACCCAAAGAUAUUAUUAUAGCAUUAAAAGGACUUAUAGGUUUACCAGUUACUGUCGAACAUUUGCAUAUUGAAAAGUUAAUAGGUAAAACAGUUAGAUCAUUUAAAAAGAAUCAAAACCCAAAUGUUAGGGAUGCAGCUGAGGAAUUAGAGAAAAAAUGGAUAGUUUUAAUUAACUCCACCGAAACACCAUCAAGCACUACAGAUAAAAAGAGACAAAGAGAUACUCCAGCUGUGGAUUCGAGCAAAAAAAUAAAAACAAUAGAGGUAGAUUCAAAGAAACCAACUACAGCACCUGCAACUUCUACACAACCAAAGAAAUCAGUUAUUAAAGAUUAUGACGACUUGUUUAUGAACAAACUAUCUUCCUCUUCAACAUUAACCUCAUCUUCCUCGUCAUCUUCAUCAUCUACAGCAUCUUCUUCAUCCUCAUCGACCACUUUACCUUCAUCCUCCUCUUCAUCUUCCUCAUCACCAACAACAAACCAAACAUCACCCUCCACAAGUACAACCACAACCACAACAAUAACAAGUAGUACUAAAAAGCCACCACCAAUAAAAAAAGAACAAACCUCGACCACAUCAAUUACAGUAUCAUCAACUUCACCACAAGAACAACCAACCAUAAUCAGUGCAAAAGGCUCAAAACUAAUUACAGCAGCAAUGGUUGAUAAAAAAGUUCAAGAAUUGAAAAGUCAAAGUAAAACUGUCAUUAAACCAAGCGGUUCUAGUGACCCAUCAGCAUCAGUAUUAGACUCUUUAGAUAUAUGGGAACAGCCACCAAAAGAAGAUGAUACACCAGUACCAGAUCCAAAUCGUAAAAAAUCUUCAAAAGGUAGAGUUAAUAUUAAAUGGGAAAAUGAUGAUAAAUUAGUUAGUGUUAAAGAAUUUUGUAAAGAAGAUAUUGCAUCUGGAGAUGCUCAACAGCAGCAAUUUGAUCCAGAUGAAACCUUCUCAUCAAAUAAACAAACAGCUACAAUGAUUGAAUGGUACCAACCAAUACCAAUCGACCCAGCAGUUUUACAGGAUAUCAAACAAUUUGGUUAUGACAGUUUAGAAAAAGAUAUACAGGCCCAAAGAGAAAACUCAACAUUAAUGGAAGUUUAUUUUGGUAAUAAUAUCCCCGACACACCAAAAGAACCUGAAGAGGAACAAAUUGAAUAUAAAGACGACGAUGUUCCAGUUAUACCGGGUGGUGACGAUCCGAUCAAGAGUAAUUUAGAUAAUAAUUUUAAUACAAGUGGCGUCGGUUAUUUUGAUAAUAAUAAUUUUAGUAAUAACUUUAAUUUCAAUACCAAUAAUGAUACUAUAAACAAUAUGUGUAUGGAUAAUAAUUUUAAUAAUAAUAAUUUUGUAAAUAAUAAUUCUUUUAAUAAUAAUAACUUUAACAAUAAUGGGUUCAAUAAUAAUUUUAAUAACUUUAACAACAGCCCUGUAGUGGAUAACAAUAAUUUUGUUUUCAACAAUAACAACAGUAGUAACUUUAACAAUAAUAUGGGUUUUAAUAAUAAUUUUGGUAGCAAUAAUUUAAAUUUUAAUAAUAACACUAGCAAUGGCAAUUUCAAUUCAUUUAAUAACAAUAAUAACAAUUUUAAUAUGACCCAAUUUAAUCCAAAUUUUAAUAACAAUAAUAAUAAUAAUAAUAAUAAUAAUAUGUUUAAUAACAAUGGUAACAAUUUUAAUUUUAAUAACUUUAAUAACAAUGGAAAUAAUUUUAACUACAAUUAA